AUGUUACGUACAUGCAGUGUGCUGCGUCAGACGACGCUGCCGUCGGUGCCGACGCGCCACCAGACGUUCCAGAGGCAGCUGUCGCACCGGCUGGACCUGCCCAACAUCCAGUUCAGCGUCUGCAGCCUCGGCCCGCGCCCAGACACCGGCAUCGGUCUCAUCAAGCCUGAGCUGUACAAGAAGGAGAUGAUGGCCCGCCAGUCUUCCACGGACAGCUCCAGCACCGAGAUGGAGUACUGCGGCAAACUCCACUUCGCCCUCAGAUACGACCAAGACAUCGAGGGGCUCAUAGUGAAGGUGCUGGAGGCUCGCGACCUGCCCGUGAAGGACAUGAUGGGCAGCAGCGACCCAUACGUCAAGGUCUACCUGCUGCCGGACCGCAAGAAGAAGUUCCAGACCAAGGUGCACCGCAAGAACCUCAAUCCCAUUUUUAACGAGACCUUCAUCUUUAGUGUUCCGUACGACGACCUCCGCCACCGGUACCUGCAGUUCUCCGUCUACGACUUCGACCGGUUCUCCCGCCACGACCUGAUCGGGCAGGUGGUCCUCAAGGGCCUGCUCGACAGCGUCGACCUCCUGCAGGAGAUGGAGUACACCAUGAACAUCCUCUGCGCGCCGCAGGAUAAGGUGGACCUGGGCGAGCUGAUGCUGUCGCUGUGCUACCUACCCACGGCGGGUCGGCUCACUGUCACCAUCAUCAAGGGACGCAACCUCAAGGCCAUGGACAUCACCGGCUCCUCAGAUCCGUACGUCAAAGUGUACCUACUGUGCGAAGGGAAACGUAUAAAGAAGAAGAAAACAACUGUCAAAAAGGCAACGCUGUGUCCAGUCUACAACGAGGCUCUGGUGUUUGAUGUGCCCGCAGAAAACAUCGAGGACGUGAGCCUCAUUGUCAACGUCAUCGAUUAUGACAGGAUUGGACCAAAUGAACUCAUGGGUUGUACAGCAAUUGGUGCAAGCUUUAUUGGUGUUGGUCGUGACCACUGGUUGGAGAUGCUUGACAACCCACGAAAGCCUGUAGCUCAGUGGUACCCACUGCUUGAUUCUGUUCCUGGCCAGAUUCCUUCUACUGGACCACACCCAUUGCCAGCAAGUUUCAGCUGUCUCAACAGCAGAUGAAGAGAAAGUCGCUAAAAUAAACAUGGCACAGAGGAAAACUGGAUGGAGGUUUGCUCAAAAGAGGUACAUUUCCCGAAGAAGGUAAUUGGAUACAUGAUACUGAAAUAAAAACUUAGGUAUCUGCACUGUAUGUUCUGAUGGAAUCAAAAAGAUAUGUCUCUAAUGCAGCUCUGUGUACCUCCUACUGUCCAUAAAAGUAAUUAUUUCCACAUAUAUAUAUAUACAUAUUAACAAACUAUUUCUGUGAUGUAGAAAAGAAUGUAAUACA